AUGGCGGCGCUGCGGGGCCUGCGGGGCCUCCCGGGGCUGCGGCUCCUCCCGGGCCCGGCCCGGCCCGGCCUCGCCGCCCGCGCUCUGCUCCGCCCGCGGGGCUGCCCCGGCUCCGGCUGCGGCCCCGGCGCGGUGUCGGUGUCGUCGUUCCGGGCUCUGUCCCGGGCUCUGUCCCGGGGGUCCCUGCUGCUCCUGGGGGGUCUGGCGGGGGGGGGGUCCCUGGCGCUGGCGCUGGCGCUGGGGGGGCCCCCCCUGAGCGCGGGGGAGCUGGAGCUGCACCCCCCAAACUUCCCCUGGAGCCACGGGGGGGCCCUGGCGGCGCUGGACCACGCCAGUGUGCGCAGGGGGUUCCAGGUGUACCGCCAGGUGUGCUCCGCCUGUCACUCCAUGGAGUUCGUCGCCUUCCGGAACCUCAUCGGCGUCACCCACACCGAGGCCGAGGCCAAGGCGCUCGCUGAGGAGGUGACACCGGAACCCCGGGACCCGCACGGGGGGGAGGAUUACGUGUUCUCGCUGCUGACGGGGUACUGUGACCCCCCCGGGGGGGUCUCUCUGAGGGAGGGGCUGCACUACAACCCCUACUUCCCCGGGCAGGCCAUCGGCAUGGCCCCCCCCAUCUACGACGAGGUGCUCGAGUACGACGACGGGACCCCCGCCACCAUGUCCCAGAUCGCCAAGGACGUUUGCACCUUCCUGCGCUGGGCGGCCGAGCCCGAGCACGACCACCGCAAACGGAUGGGCCUCAAGGGUCAGUGA